GAAUUCAUGUUCGACUUCACUCGCAUCGCAUCUUACCAUUGUAUAGGAUGUGUUGAAUUACAGAACUGAAUAGCCUACAGAAGCGAAUGUGUAGAAAUCUGCCCGUCCAAAAUAGUACGUUGUAUUGGCACUCUGUGGUCAGUAGACUUGUCUCGACACUUGAAGGUUUGGAGUUCGAUAUUCGAUACAGCCUGUGGAGCUCAACUCCCCUUUGCAAUUUGAUUUCCACUAACCAUCACUGCCCGACUCAAUGUGCUGCAGGCACGGUCACUGACAGGUACUGCCGGAGUGUUGAGGUGUGUGAGGUGUGAUGGCGUCCUGCUCUGAGGCCUGUAACACAGGGUCUGGAUGUGGGGCAGGGUCCUCAGGCUGUGAGGUAGGUUCUAGCUGUGCCUGUCUGCAGUUUGGGGUGCGUUCGUACCUGCACCAUUUCUAUGAGGGGUUUAGCACUGCAUCAGGGUGGGAGAGAGACCCUGAGGGAGUGGGAGACGUCCAGACCUUGAGAUCGCCCCUGAGGUGGAGCUCAGCACUCUGGAAGGUCUCUCUGGCCCUUGGUCUCCUGAUGGUGACCUCUGGUCUGGUCAGUCUGUCUGUGGGUUACUCCGGCCCCACCAGGAUCGAGUCCUUCGGGGAGGGGGACCUCCUCUUCAUAGACACCCAGGCUGUCAGCUUUAACAGGGGUCUGCGUCACUGCGUGGCGGCCGGGAUCGGUCUCACCUGCCUGGGAACGGGUCUGACCGUGGCGGGCAUCCUUUCCUGGUCCUUCUCUAAGAGCCGAUUGAAAGAGGUGCUAUAUCGGAGAGAGAGAGAUAAGGGAGGGGUGGAGUGUGGAAGGAAGGGAGGGACAGAGGGGGGGGCACAGGGAGGAGGACAGGGGGAGAUGGGGACGGCUGUUAUGAAGGCCCCUGGAGCAGGGGAGGGGAAGGUGCCUGCCACCCUAUCCAAAGUGGAAACGGUACAGCCAUCAGGAAGGGAAUCCCCAUAGGGUGACCACUGGUUUUAAAAGGUCUUUAUGUGGUGUACAAGUGUCCUCUUUUAAAAUGAGCUGAAUUUUGUCAAAUCACAUAUGUUGAAAAGUCUAUAAGCUAUUUGAAUGGUGGUCACAUAUGUUGAAAAGUCUAUAAGCUAUUUGAAUGGUGGUCACAUAUGUUGAAAAGUCUAUAAGCUAUUUGAAAGGUGGUCACAUAUGUUGAAAAGUCUAUAAGCUAUUUGAAUGGUGGUCUUGAUAUGGAGUGAUUUGGUACAACUCUCAUACGUUUGUUCUUUGAAUUUACCCGUCAAUUAUUUUUGCAUCGUAUUCCACCUCACUGUUAUAAAAUAUAAGAAAUUGACUUUUCUCAUGUCAUUUUAGAACAAAUAGGAAGACCGAUUUUACUCAAUUCAAUAACUCUUUUUCUCCUAAAAUGAAUUUUGUGUUGGGGUAAAGCAAUCCGCGUGGAAUUGAAUACAUACAAUGCAUACAUGAAUAUACUGCAUUAUCACAUGAUUUAUAGCGGGUGUGUUUACUCACAUGCAUGAACACACCCGCCCCAUUGAGCAUCACACCCAUUUCCUGUACUCUUGGUCUCCAGGCAACCUGUAUGUGUUCUAUUUUCACACACCGAACCGACAACCUUCUCUCUAAUUGGUCUAUUUAUUCCAAGCUCUUAUUGGCCAUCAAUGCAUGUCCCUGUUCUUCAGCUGCACUGAUGUGAACACAUGGACAGGUAGAAGCAAUGUAGGGGAAAGCGUACUGGGAACUUGCUUACACUUGUCCAAUUCUUUAUCAAUGUAGUGUAGAUGAAGGGAAGGAGAGGAGGAAAGGAAACAGCUGAAGACCAUUGAGAUACAGCCUGUGUGAAGUGUCCUAAGUUCAACUGUCAUGAGGAACCUUGUUAACAUUUCAAAUGAUCAUGAUGUUGAGUGAAGUGAAUAGGUGUUGUAUAGUAUACCUGUAUAGUAUAUACCUGUAUAGUAUAUACCUGCAUGGUGUAUACCUGUAUAGUAUACCUGCAUAGUAUAUACCUGUAUAGUAUACCUGCAUUGUGUAUACCUGCAUAGUAUACCUGUAUGGUAUAUACCUGCAUAGUGUACAUGUAUGGUAUAUCCCUGCAAGUAUACCUGUAUGGUAUAUACCUGUAUAGUAUACCUGUAAGGAAUAUACCUGUAUGGUGUAUACCUGUAUAGUAUAUACCUGCAUGGUAUAUACCUGUAUAGUAUACCUGCAUAGUGCAUACCUGUAUAGUAUAUACCUGUAUAGUAUAUACCUGUAUAGUAUAUCCCUGAAUGGUGUAUACCUGUAUAGUAUAUACCUGUUUAGUAUACCUGUGUGGUAUUUACCUGUAUGGUAUACCUGUGUGGUAUAUACCUGUAUGGUAUACCUGUAUAGUAUAUACCUGUAUGGUAUACCUGUGUGGUAUAUACCUGUAUGGUAUACCUGUGUGGUGUAUACCUGUAUAGUAUACCUGUGUGGUAUAUACCUGUAUGGUGUAUACCUGUGUGGUAUAUACCUGUAUGGUAUACCUGUAUGGUAUAAAUGUAUAGUAUUUACCUGUAUAGUAUAUACCUGCAUAGUGUAUACCUGUAUAGUGUAUACCUGUAUAGUAUAUACCUGUAUAGUAUACCUGUGUGGUAUAUACCUACAUAGUGUAUACCUGUAUAGUGUAUACCUGUAUAGUAUACCUGUAUAGUGUAUACCUGUAUAGUAUAUACCUGUAUAGUGUACCUGUAUAGUAUACCUGUAUAGUAUACCUGUAUAAUGUAUACCUGUAUAGUGUAUACCUGUAUAGUAUAUACCUGUAUAGUGUACCUGUGUAGUAUAUACCUGUAUAGUAUACCUGUGUGGUAUAUACCUGUAUAGUAUACCUGUAUCGUAUAUACCUGUGUGGAAUAUACCUGUAUAGUAUACCUGUAUGGUGUAUACCUGUAUAGCAUAUACCUGUGUGGUAUACCUGUGUAGUAUACCUGUGUGGUAUAUACCUGUAUGGUAUUUACCUGUAUAGUAUAUACCUGUAUGGUAUUUACCUGUAUAGUAUAUACCUGUAUGGUGUAUACCUGUAUAGUAUAUACCUGUGUGGUAUACCUGUAUGGUAUACCUGUGUUGUAUAUACCUGUAUGGUAUACCUGUGCUGUAUAUACCUGUAUGUAUACCUGUGCUGUAUAUACCUGCAUGGUAUUUACCUGUAUGUGAGAAUUGGAGUGGAGCAAACGGUUGUCUGCUGAAUAAACCCCUGAUCUGCAAACUCUA